AUGACACGGUUAAAGUCGGCGAUUGUGUCGCCGACCAACGAGAGGAGUGUGUCGCCAAAACCGUACCUUAAUUUCACCGACGAUCAGAAGGGGUUUCAGUUUGAUAAGAAUGGCAAUUUACAGAUUCCCACGCCGAGGAGUGAGCUUUAGGGGUGAAAGGGCAUGAGCUUUCCUUAAAAUUUUUAAAUGAAAGAAACUUUCGUUACAAACCUAAAAUGGCAAAAACUUUAUUUACAUAACGAAAAGUAGCAAGAACUUUCUUUACAGAACGAAAAAUAGCAAGAACUUUAUUUAAAAACUUAAAAUGGCAACAACUUUCUUUACAAAACAAGAAAUAGCUAGAACUUUCUUUACAAAACAAGAAAUGGCAACAACUUUCUUUACAAAACAAGAAAUAGCUAGAACUUUCUUUACAAAACAAGAAAUAGCAAGAACUUUCUUUACAAAACAAUUUUUGACAUUAUUUUUAAAAUUUUAAAAAUUUUAGCGCCCAAAACUGUCAGUUUGCCAGACAUUUCCAAGCCAAAAUCCAAGAUCUUCCCAUCGACCAGAUUCUUCAUGGCCAUUUUACUAUGUUUAUGUUUUGUAUCUUUGGCCGUAUCCACCUCCAACAUCAGUGUAGCCAUGGUGUGUAUGACGAACAAAAUCACCGAAUCAAAGGAGAAGGUCGACGUGGAGAUUCAGCGAAUAAAACGGUCGAUAAACGAGACCGACUUCAACGAUUUGAUGGCAUCGACCAUCAAUGAUACUGAAUAUCGUCACGAUACGAGUAAUAUGAGCAAAUGUGCCUUGGCCAAGUUUAGGAAAAGAGCCAUUGAUUUGAUGGUGGAGUAUGGCCAACAUGUGAAUGAGAGUGAAAUACGAUCAUCUACUAUGAGUAUGGAGAGUUGUAGCAUGAAGAAGGUGCAGUGGACCAGCACGGAUCAGGGUAAGUAAUAUUUUAGGCUUAUUAAAUCAUGUUUAUGCUUAGCAGCACACAUUUUAGGCUUAUUACAUCAUGUUUAGGCUUAGAGGCACACAUUUUAGGCUUAUUAUAUAAUCUUUAGGCUUAGCAGCACAUAUUUUAGGCUUAUUACGUAUUGUUAGACUUAGCGGCUUAACAGCACGCAUUUUAAGCUUAUUGCAUCAUUUUUAGGCUUAGCAGUAUGCAUUGUAUGCUUAUUACGUAUUGUUAGGCUUAGCGCCACAUAUUUUAGGCUUAUUACAUUAUGUUUAGGGUUAGCUGCACGCAUUUUAGGCUUAUUGCAUCAUUUUUGGGCUUAGAAGCACGCAUUUUAGGCUUAUUGCAUCAUUUUUGGGCUUAGAAGCACGCAUUUUAGGCUUAUUACAUCAUGUUUAGGCUUAGCAGCUUACGUUUUAGGCUUAUAACCUUUUAUAUUUUUAGGUAUGAUAUUCGCAGCCCAAAAUAUCGGUUCCCUGUUCAUGCUGGUUACAGGGACACAAGCAGAUCGUCUAAAUGGCAAAUGGACAAUAGUAAUAUCAAUGGCAUUACUCAUAAUAUCCAAUGCUUCGUUACCUUUUUUAUCAUUCUACAGUUUUCCAUUAACUUUAAUUGCGCGAGUUUUAACUGGUCUAUCUGAUGCUCUACUACAACCUAGUACAUCAUCGAUGAUUACCCGAUGGUUUCCACCUAAAGAACGACCAUUUGCCAUUGGUUUGAUCACUGGAGGACGUCAAAUUGGUAGGCAAACAUAAUAUUAGGUGCUGACAUGAAGAACCCCCUAUUUUUUACAGGACGUUACAGGCAAAGUAUGGCGGGUUCUUUAUGUCGGCAAAUAUUAUUUUAAAAGUUAAUGGUAAUUUAGUAAAAUUAGUAAAAAAUAUAAAAAACUAAAAUGUAGAAGUUUUAAAAUUUUUAAAGGCUUGAUUUUAAAAAAAUAUUUUUGAAAAAAUAAUUUUUGCGACCACUUUGAAGAAGAAACGAAGGGAAGUAAAGGAAAGAGCGAAAAAGAAAAAGAGAAAGGCCGUGCGGUUCUAUGGUGUAGCGGUUAGCACUCAGGACUCUGAAUCCUGCGACCCGAGUUCGAAUCUCGGUGGGACCUAGUGUAAUUUUUGGGUUUUUUGAUUAUUUUUUUGGUUUUAAAAUGUUUGAAAGUUAUUUUAUGACUUUGUAAAAAUAUUUUUAAACAAAAAGAUAUAAAAAUAAAAGACUUUUUGCUAUUAAAAAACUAAGAAAAGUCUAUUUUUAACUUUUCUUUGCCCCGUUUCUCAUUAUUUAGCAAAUUUAUUUACAAAAAUAAGUGCCAUAAAUUUACUAAAAACCAAGUUAUUACCAAAUACAUUCUUCAGGUACCCUCCUAGUUCUCCCAGUAGCUGGUAUUCUAUGUGAACAACGAACUUUAUUCGGUGGAUGGCCAGCUAUCUUCUACUUUAGUGCAAUCGUCUGCAGUGCAAUAACAUUGGCAUGGAUCCUGCUCAGUGCCGAUAAACCAUCCAAACAUUUUUGUAUCAAAAACCGGGAAUGUAAUCAUAUUGAACAGAAGAUUAAGGAGGAGAAUUUGGGGAAAAGAAAACAUCGAAAAAAGGCGCCUUGGGGCGAGAUUGUGCGAUGUGUACCAUUGUAUGCUGGUGUAGCUGCGUUGGUGUGUCAUGAGUGGCCGUUGGUUAUUAUUUUACAGGUGAGAGGAAGUUUUUGAUUAAAUUUUUAUAUUUUUUAAUUAUAUAUAGAUAGUACCUCUAUCAAAAGAUGGGUCAAAAUAUAAAUUUUCGUAUUUUAGCUCCUACCAAAGUACUUGUCAGACGUGCUGAAGUUUAAUACAGUAACCAAUGGUUUUGUGUCAUCAUUGCCAAUCUGUGUACUGUUCAUAUCGAAAACCUUUAGUUCUUCACUGUCAAGUUAUCUGAGCUCCAAUAAGCGAUGUAAGUUUAUAUUUUUAAAAAUUUUUAUUUUUUUUGCAAUUUAAGCCUAAAAUAAGCCUUUUUAAGCCUAAAAUCGACUCUGUAAGCCUAAAGUAUUUUUUUAAUAAUGAAAUACUUUACGUUCUUUAAACAACCUUAUUUUUCAGCCAGACACGCCUGUCGAACGAAAAUGACAAAAGCCUUCAACUUUGUCGGAUCUUUAGGCUUGGGACUGUCUUUAGGAGCGGUACCAUUUGUGAAUGAUGCUGUUAUACCAAUUAUUCUAUUGUGCUUGGCGAAUGCUUUUGCUGGUAAGUGGGAUUAUUUCUAAGACAACUAAGCCUGAAUUACCUAUAAAUCAACCCCUAUUAAAAUUUCUUACCUCCCCCCCCUGCUGAAGAUUUAACCCCCCCCUUUUUUUUACUGCUUUUAUCAAAAAAACUCGAAAAGCAAUAUUAUUGUAGGUCUCCACACCCCCGGAGUCCAAACGGCGCUUCUUCAAAUUGCCCCAGCCUACACCGGUAUAGUAACCGGAAUCGCCUUCGGCGUUGUAGCCAUAUUCAGUGUGUUCAACAAAAUCCUAUCAUCUUAUAUUACGACCAACUGUUCCUCAUCCGAAUGGAACAUUGUAUUCUGGAUGUCAUCUGUCAUCGCCAUUCUACCGUGCUUCUUCUUCACCAUCUGGGGCUCGGCCGAUCGUCAGAGUUGGGCUUCAUCGAUUCGCAAAAAGUCAUCUGGAGUUCGUCAUAAGGUUUCCACCGUAACCCGGAAGACUAAUCUGACGCCUGGACCUGAGCGGUCUGACAUGGAUCGGCCGUUCGGUUACGGUAAUGGAGAAAAGGGUUACGGUGAGAAGAGUUUAGAAGCCGGAUUCUCUGGCCUAGAAAACGGAUUUGGACUAGAAACCUUUGCCAAUCCAGCUAAUAGUCUAGACGUUCCAAAUGGGCAAGCUCGCCCCUACAGUAACCUCGACCGGCCCUACAGUAACCUCGACCGACCUUAUAGUGACCUCGACAGCCAAUAUGGACAAAAUCGACCAAGAUUCGGAAGCCUGGACCGACCAUUCAAGCCGGCUCCAUUGGAUUUGACUCGAAUGGAGAGUAACGACUCGGAAGAAGGUAGUGACGAAGCCAUCGAGGAGGAGAACAUUGCCAGCGCGUUGAGGAUGCGAAUGUUCUUCAGCAACGACGAUUGUUCGACCGAAGAGGAGACGCUGAGUCAUUCCAGUGGCAGUGAAGCUGGGGAUUGGAGCCAGAAGGACAAGGAUGUCCAGAGGUUUUGA